AUGAGAUUUUCCAAAGCUUCAGCACCAAAUCUGGAUGUUGAACCUCAAAGACCGCCCCGAACCUUCGCAUCCAGAAUCGUCGUCAGUCUUCUCGCUAUAGUUACCAUCGCCUCUGUACUUCUCUUUUUGAUGCCGGGCCGGUGCCCCAAAUCAUUGUCCUCUGACGCGCAUCCCGAAGAUAACGUUGUUAGCGAGAUUACAGUGUUGGACAACAAGGCACGGCCGAGAUGGCUGCUGCUAGGCUAUGAAGGAGGAGAGACCUGCAGCUCAGGGUCUGUCUUCUCCAACCAAGGAGACAAGUCUACUUGGUGUAUCAAUGUACCGACGGAACCACGAAUCCCCGAGCGUGUGAACUGGUAUCCUGGGCAAUACUGGAAGCUCUGCACCUGGAAUUCAGCCAACUGCACUGGCCAAUACAGCAGCGCCUUGACUGGACAAGGGAGAUGCCAGAAUGCUCUCACACAAUCUUAUAUGGUCAUCGACGCGAAGAGAGAAUGCAUUGGGCUGGAGGAUGAUUAG